AUGGAUAGCGGUUUACAGCUGGAUAAGUGCAAACGCUAUCUGGAAAGUCUGGGCUUUGGCCCCCGAGAACUGGCUACUCUGGAUAUAGACGAUAGCGCGGCUAUCGCCAAGCAGCUGGCCUUCGAGUUGAAUAUUACUUCUUCCACGGAGCUGGAAGAUGCUAUUGUGGAAUGGAUCCAGGACUCGAGAGGUCCCGCGAAGAUGGCUAUACGCCUGGAAGGCGUACUGGCCAGUGAUAUCGAAUGGGAAAGGCUAGCUGUCCGGCGGCGCUUCGGGCCAGCGACGGUCCCGGAGAAACCUCCGCCGCCAGGAGAUAGAAUCCGCAAGCUAGAGCUUUCGGGUUGGGGAUUGCUAGCUCGCGAGGAGAGGCUGCUAGUUUUCUGGACAAAGCAGCUACGAAGCGAGCUCUGUGCUAGUGACGCCCCCGUUCUGCAGAAGCUAGAGGACAGCCUGGACCCAGCUAGGGCCCUGGAGAUGCUGGCGGGGAAGACAAGAGCGGGAACGCUCAAGAGAUAUGUCGUGGUCUAUCAACGAUGGAGACUCUGGCUACAGGAGGCUAAGCUGCUACAUCCUCCGGGUCGUCCGAUAGACCUGGUGGACUAUCUGCUAACCCGCCGGGACGAACCCUGCGGAAGGUCAGUCCCGGAGACGAUAGUCAAAGCUGUUGCUUGGUUUGAAAAGGUUGCGGAGUUCCGCAACGAUACGAGGACCACUGAGAGCCGGAUAGUCUGGGCGACCAAGGAUAGGAUAGUCGAGGCCCUCUCGGAAGGGGCUCCGCUAGAGAGCACCUCGAUAUCCCACCUGGAUCUUGGUGAAGAUAGAGAGGCGAUCAAGCCCAUCGAGCUUCGGCUCGAGGAGGGCCGGCUAUUCACGUCCGAACCGGAGGAUAAAGGAGAGAACGCCAGCUACAAGAGGGAUUACCUCUUGCCCAGGUUGAGAUCCGAUAUGGCAACAAUGGACCGCAAGAUGGCGAGCUAUGCUGAUGCCGUGGUGGCCACCGAUAUUGGACAGAGCACUCAGAGAGGUCGAUAUUGCCGACGGCCUUGGCGAUUUUGGGUGUCACGGACUGAUAUCCUGGGGAGAUGGAAGCCCGAAGGCUCGGAUACCUAUGUCCGAUCCUACGGUGGAAGGGUAGCUAGAUUGCAGUCCAGAUAUGCGGCAGCUGCCCGAGAGGAUAGCCGCUACUCAGCGCUGGACGAGAGAGAGAUAGCGGCCAACCUCCUGGAUUGGCUGCAAGAUAGGAGAAAGCUGGGCGAAGAAGCCUCCAAGGCUAUCGUAGAUCCCCUGGUCCACAUGUGGAAGACGGGGCGGAUAUUCGCUGAUCUGAUUCCAGUGAUCCCGGAAGUGGAGGACAACCUUCCGCAUGAGAAGGGCGAGGACAGCGAAGAUAGCCAGGGGCCCGAGCCUGCUAGUUCCUCUAAGGUUGCAAAGACUGUGGACCGUACGGCUAGGUAUGUGAUAGUGGAGCUGCCGGGAGCAAUUUUUCGGCUACAUCGAGCUGGUGCCAACGGUUGCUGGAUGGGGAGAAAGAGGGAGUUUAAGAGCUCUCGAGAUUUCUCCGAUAUGCCGGAUAGAACGGAGUACACACAUGUUUGCCGCCUCUGUUGGCCGGAUGGCCAGUUUGGUAGCGAUGAUAACCCUACUAAUGCCUCUCCAGCGGGGCUGGAGACGAACCUGAGAUCCAGGAUAUGCCGGGAGACCCAGAAUGGUCUCAGACGGAGUCCGUCUCUGGGCGCUGGGCGGGCUACGAUGAUAGCUGGCAGCCGAUCGGCUCCGGAUAGAGAUGGCACAAAGCGUGGUGAUAAGUCGAGUGCUUGA